CCACGCAACACCACAGAACAUUAUGUGGGAGGAGACACCGGGUGAGGGCGUGGUUUAGUGGUAGUCUCUACGCGCAUGCGUUGUUCAGAGAGCCUUAUUACAAGAACGCUGUGAUUGUUUCAGUCAGACUGCAGCGCAACUUCAUCGAGCGUUAACUCCUCCCCCCCGAGACGUAUCAGCGGCAAAAUGUCCACCUCCGAAUGCUCCGAUGGGUUUGUGGUGAAAGUGCGCGGCCUGCCCUGGUCCUGUUCUCACGAUGAGAUCGAGAAUUUCUUUUCUGAAAGCAAAAUUGCCAAUGGAUUAAGUGGAGUUCACUUCAUCUACACACGGGAAGGAAGGCCUAGCGGCGAGGCUUUUGUCGAGUUUGAAACUGAAGAUGACCUGCAACUGGCCGUGAAGAAAGACCGAGCUACAAUGGCCCACCGAUAUGUAGAAGUUUUCAAGUCAAAUAGUGUUGAAAUGGACUGGGUUCUAAAACACACGGGUCCUAACAGCCCAGAUACGGCAAAUGAUGGCUUUGUUCGUCUCCGCGGUCUGCCCUUUGGAUGUAGCAAAGAAGAGAUUGUACAGUUUUUUUCAGGGGUUAUUUGUCCUUGGGUUGAAGGGUUGGAAAUCGUGCCAAAUGGGAUAACAUUGCCGGUGGACUUCCAGGGGAGGAGUACGGGGGAGGCCUUCGUGCAGUUUGCUUCACAGGAAAUAGCUGAAAAGGCUCUAAAGAAACACAAGGAGAGAAUAGGGCACAGGUAUAUUGAAAUCUUCAAGAGCAGUCGGGCUGAGGUUCGUACAAACUAUGAUCCUCCCAGAAAACUCUUUGGUAUGCAGCGACCGGGCCCAUACGACAGGCCAGGAGCCGGCAGAGGCUAUAAUAAUUUAGGCAGAGGUUUUGACCGAAUGAGACGUGGAGCAUAUGGAGGAGGUUACAGUGGAUAUGAAGAUUAUAACGGAUAUAAUGAGUAUGCUUUUGGUGCAGAUCAGAGAUUUGGGCGUGUGUCUGAUAAUAGAUAUGGAGAUGGCAGCACGUUUCAGAGCACAACUGGCCAUUGUGUACACAUGAGAGGACUCCCCUACAGAGCGACUGAAACAGACAUUUACACAUUCUUUUCUCCUCUGAAUCCAGUGAGAGUUCACAUUGAGAUUGGUGCCGAUGGUAGAGUAACCGGAGAAGCAGAUGUUGAAUUUGCAAGCCAUGAAGAUGCAGUAGCAGCAAUGUCCAAGGACAAAGCAAACAUGCAGCACAGAUAUGUGGAGCUGUUCCUGAAUUCGACAGCUGGAGGAUCAAAUAAUGCAUAUAGCAGCCAGAUGAUGGGAGGAUUAGCAGCUGCAGGUGCUCAAACAAGUUAUGGCAGCCCCGGGACCCAGGCUCUGAGUGGAAGCUAUGGUGCAGGGUAUGGAAAUCAAGCCAAUUUAAGUGGUUAUGGAAGUACAAGUGGAAUGAGCAGCAGCUACUACAGUAGUGGAACACGAGGAUCAUUAGGCGUAAAUGGAAUGGCGGGCAUGUCCAACAACAUGAGCAUGAGUGGUACUUGGGGGAUGUAACUGAACAUUUUUGACUCCAUUUGUUUUUUUUUCUCCCCCUGUUGGGAGGUUUGUUUUAAGCAAAACAAAUUUAAAAACAUGGUUUUUUUUUUUUUAAUAACUCAAUAUUUCAUUCAGACAUCUGGGUACGGUGAUCUGAAGUAGCAUAUGUAUCUGUUAAAAUUUCAGGAUUUCAGUCAGUUUUGUAAAAGUACAUAUGCAAAUCUCUUAUUGGAUUUGCUUUUCCAGUUGUUGAGUAUUACUGAUGUGUACAUUGUUCUUAAUGCGUGUUAAAACAUGCUCCCUUUUGUAAAAUAUAUAGGCUUUAUUUGGGCUCUACUGGUCUGCUUUUUAAGAUGUUGUUCUGUGGUUUUUUUUUGUUUUUUUGAGUAAACCUAAAGCCUGUUUGUUUUCGUUUUUUUGUAUUACUUUUGAGUUAUUGCUCAGUGUACUUUAUCAAAUAAAUUGGUAAAAGUA